AUGGCCAAGAUUCCCUGCGGCCCAGUGGUGGAGAUGCAAGGCGACGAGAUGACGCGCAUCAUCUGGGACCUGAUCAAGGAGAAGCUGAUCCUGCCCUUCCUCGACGUGGAGCUGCACUUCUUUGACCUGUCGGUGCAGAACCGGGACGCCACCUCGGACCAGGUGACGGUGGACGCGGCGAACGCCAUCCUCAAGUACAACGUCGGCGUCAAGUGCGCCACCAUCACGCCGGACGAGGCGCGCGUCGAGGAGUUCAGCCUGAAGAAGAUGUGGAAGAGCCCCAACGGCACCAUCCGAAACAUUCUCGGGGGCACCGUCUUCCGGGAGCCGAUCAUCUGCCGGAACAUUCCCCGCCUGGUGACCGGCUGGGUGAAGCCCAUCAUCGUCGGCCGCCACGCCUUUGGCGAUCAGUACCGCGCCACCGAUUUUGUCGUGCCCGGCAAUGGCAAGCUGGAGAUCAAGUUCCAGCCGGCCGAUGGCUCGCCGGCCAUUGUCCACGAGGUGUACGACUUUGUGGACGGCGGCGGCGUCUCCCUGUCGAUGUACAACACCGACAAGAGCAUUCGCGACUUUGCGCACAGCAGCUUUCAGUACGCCCUGCAGCGCAACUACCCGCUGUACCUGUCGACGAAGAAUACGAUUCUGAAGAAGUACGACGGCCGCUUCAAGGACCUCUUUGCGGAGAUUUACGAGCAAGGCGGCUACAGGGCGAAGUUUGAGGCGGCCGGCAUCUGGUACGAGCACCGCCUCAUUGACGACAUGGUCGCCCAGUCGAUGAAGAGCGAGGGCGGCUUUGUGUGGGCGUGCAAGAACUACGAUGGCGAUGUGCAGUCGGAUUCGGUGGCGCAAGGGUACGGCUCUCUGGGCAUGAUGACCUCGGUGCUCAUUUGCCCCGACGGGAAGACCAUCGAGUCGGAGGCAGCCCACGGCACCGUCACCCGCCACUACCGCUUCCACCAGCAGGGCAAGGAGACGAGCACCAACCCGAUUGCCUCCAUCUUUGCCUGGACCCGGGGCCUGCUCCACCGGGCGAAACUGGACUCCAAUCCCGCCCUCGCCAGCUUCGCCUCCAAGCUGGAGAAGGUCUGCGUGGACACGAUUGAGGCGGGGCACAUGACGAAGGACCUGGCCAUCUGCGUGAAGGGAUCGGCGGGUGCCAUCACCCGGGCCGACUACCUGAACACCUUUGAGUUUUUGGACAAGCUGGCGGAGAAUCUGCGCGCCGAGUUGGCGAAGAACUAA